CCGCCCGGGUACAUCCUUCAUGAAGCGAAGCAGCCUGCCUGCCACCACCGCCGCUGCUGCUCAAACGUGGAGGAAAAGGACACGGAGAGGGACGCUCGCAGCUCCAUUGUUAGUCGACUCUGGUUAAAUUUACGGCUCUGUCGACAUAUUGAAUGCGUUUUUAACCUCGGCGCUGGACCAGACAGAGAGGGGAGUGUUUGUGAUUCUCCUCAGGAAGAGACGCGGCGGAUCAAAGGACACUGAAGUGGGGGAAGAACUGGCUGUUCAAUAAGAGUGAGAGUCCCCAACCCUCCUCAGCAACAGCAGCACAUCAGUAUCCAAACCUUAGGAGUAGGUGAUGAAACCGGAUGGGGUUAAUAUGGAAACCACGGAGCCCACUGAAGCUGCAGCAGUAGCAGAGCACCCCCUAUUGCAAGACAUCACAACAGAGCAAGCCCCAUCACAACCAGGGGAGACUGCAAAUGAUGUAGCACCUGAACCAGCUCCGAAGGCCAAUGGCAAGGCAGUAGCAGCAGACCCCAAAGCCAAAACUAAAGCUGUCUCGGCUAAAAUCCCGCCAACAGCUAAAUCAGCAGGAGCUUCGAGACCAGUAACGGCCUCCCAGCGCACAGUCAACGAUGUCAAAUCAUCCAAUAAUGUUUCUGCAGCUGCAAAGAAAUCAACAACAUCAACAUCUGCAAAAGCAUCAGCAACGGGGCCUGUAUCUAAAAGACCGGUGGGUGUAGCAGCUGUUUCCUCAACGCUCAAGAACCAAACUAAAGUGCCGGACAGGAAGCCUGUGGGAGCAGCCAGGACAACCUCCGCUGCUGCUGCUGCUGCCACGGCUACAAAUGGUACCAAACCGACCACAGCAAACGGGACCCCUAAGAGGAGACCGGUGGCUGAGACUGUUAGACCCAAAACCACAGCUUCUUCCAACAGACCAGCGUCUUCCACUGCUCCGAAACCCAGCACUUCAACCACAACAACAAGACCUGCUGCUGGAGCCGCGGCAAAGACCACCAGGCCUGCUACAGCUCCCCCAACAUCUCGACUUGCCUCCACCACCACAUCCAGGCCUGCUUCAUCUGUAACCAGCAAGCCCUCCACCACCGCAUCUGCCAAAACCGCCGCUUCUAGAGCUACUACAGCACCCUCUACUGGCAGGACCACAACAGCACAGCUGCCCAAAACUGCUGCUGCUGCUAAGAAAGAUGUCAGUCGACCACCUCCUGCUGCAGUGGCAAAGAAACCUUCAAUAUCUACAACAUCCUCCGCUACCAAAAAAACAGAAUCCUCUAAACCCACCACCGCCACCACCACCAUGAAGCAGAACUCUGCCUCUAAACUGUCAACGACCGCAAAGGCAGCAGAAACCAAGGUGUCGCAAACCAAAGCCCAACCGCCCGCUAAAUCUGCUCCCGCAAAGAAACCUGCGGCUGCUGCUCGAUUACCUGCCCUCAACAGACCUCCGAUUGGCCGAACCCCACCUGCUUCUCCAGUCAACAAACCUGCAAACAGCAGCGCCGCUCUGUCCAAACGCGGUGCCAAACCAACUCAGGCUGUCCCCCCGUUCACUGCCGCAAAGAAGACUGGGGUUUCAAAUACCACCACGCCUGCUGUGGAAACACAGCACGCUGAUAACGCAGCGGUAGCAUCAGUAGCAACAGUAGCAGCUGCCACAGCAGCGAUUGUGCUAGCAGAAUCUCAAUCUGAGACUGCAGAGUCCCCUCCACAAGAAUCAUCACUUGUGGCACCUGCACUAGAGGAGGUCUCGCUCCCAGUCUUGGCCCAGGAUACCACACCGGAUGUGGAACCUGAAGAGACUGUUCAAAGCCAUGCAGCUGCCGCCGCUCCUCCAGAAAGCCUCGUCCCGACACAAACAACUUCCCCCCAGGAGCAGCCUGAAAGCAAUGCUCCCUUACAAACAACACAGGAGCAGAUCCCCGCUCCAGCUGAUCCUGCAGUACCACCAGUGGCCUCCUCUUCAGACCUCCAGAAGGAGUCUGUGAACCCGUUUACAGACCAAACCCCUUCCAUCUCUCAAGCCCCUCCAGUAACGGAAAGUCCCCUCACUCAGUUACCUCCUCAAAGUAAUCUUAAUGAGGAGGAGGAUGAGGAGGAGCAGGGGGGGAGCCAGCAGGUGUCCGUGUCUGAAAUGAGUGGAACCACGCAGCCCACAGAGGAGUCUCGCCCCGGCUCGGCUGGACUGGUCAGAGGGUCUGCUUGGAGAGCCAGCGGCGCCCUGCUGUCCGAGCUGGACUCUGAGGAAGUGAGUGGCAGUCAGCAGGGUGCGUCUGAACUGAGCGCCCCCGGCGUCCUGGAGGGCACAGAGAGCAUGGACGAUCUGGGAGACGGCAGCCUGAAGGGAGCGAUCGACAUGGAAGGAGCCUCUGCGGGGUCACCUGACUUUGAGAAAGUUCCCGACAUUCCGGUUAACGACUUUGACGAGGACGAGGAAGAGGACGACGACGACGAUCGGGUGUGUGACAUGGAUGUGGGCUCAGAGCGUGCCGAUGAACCGCAGAGACCCAGGCACGACAAUGACGUGGAUGAGGAAGAGGACGAUGAAGAUGUGGAGAUGGCCAGUGAGGGCGUGACAGAGAGCGGGCUGGAGAGCUACGGGAACGCAGACGAGGACGACUUCGCUGAAGACGAACGGCUUGACAACUUGAACAGAGUGGCCGAGCCGCCGCCGCCUCCCGUACUGCCAUCCGCCCCCGCCGCUCAGUGGGACCAACCAAACCCCUUCGCUGAUCACUGGGCAGAACCUCUGCAGCCACAGCAGGUUCUGGAAAACGUCUCCCAGGCAGCAGGAGCGGCUGCAGCAAGCCCUUUGGCAGACCCCUGGCAAGCAGACUCAGAAACCCCAACUCAGGCCCCAGCCCAGGCCUGGCUAGAACUCAGCUCUGGUCCUUUUGGUUCUGAAGAAGCUCCCCAUCAGUCCUCUGUUGAGCCAGAAAAUCUAGAGGCCAGAAUGUACAUGGAUCAGUCCAGCCCUGCACCCUUGCUGACCCUGCCUCCUGCCGCUGGGAUGUCUCUGUCAAGCACCCUGAGCAGCGAGACCAGCACACCUGAGGAGCUGGCUGACCCUGUGAAGCUCCGCCCCCAAGAUGCACUGGUUGCAGGGCUUUCCCCACAGCCCGACCUGGACUAUCAGGAGGAAGGAGACCAGGAGGAAGAGGAGGAAGCUGAGGCGGAGACCCUGCCCGCAGAUGAAGUCCUAGGAGGCCCCGCAACCGCCCCCACCUCAAACCCCUCGUCGUCGUCGGUAACUGAAGAUGAAGCCAGCGACACAGAGGGAGAGGCUCAGCUGGAGGAUUCAUUGGAGACCCCGGCAGUGGCGAAUAUAAUCUUUGACAGUCAGGCCGCGACCCGCCGCUGCCUGUCCGUCGUGGAGGAAGGGGAGGAGGCUGAAGUGAGCGCCUGCGCAGUCGAAGACAUAACCCCGCCUUCGGCUACAUCCCUGGCGUCUUACGGCUUCGACACCAUGACCACGGCUUCAAACUCCAACGCCCAGUCCACGGGGGAGAGCUGCGUCAAAAGCCCGGGCAUCUUCUCCCUGGAGGAGCUACCCGAGGAGGCGAAAGAGCCAUUUCUGAUCCCACAGCCUGCCGCGGCGCCGUCCCUCGCAGAGCAUCAGUACAUCGAGUGCGGGAAACAGGAAGCAGAGUCGGCUGAGCAUGUCAGAGAGGAAGAGGAGGAAGCCCUGGAGCCUUCAUCCACUCCCAUCACUAUGCAGCAAACAGAAGAAAACCCCGAAGACAUCCAGCCUCCUUACUAUUCUGCUAUCUGUGAAAAGACUGAGAACUCUUACGCAGGCUUCACUGCACUGCCGCACCCUCACCGCCGCGAUCACGCAUCGUACCCCAGAACCUACUGCGACAUCAUCAAACCUCACACGGCAGCCGCGGCCCCCCCGCCGAAGCUGACCUGCGCCGACCUCCCGCCGAGGAGCCUCGGGCGGCAAGCGCUGAGCCCGCAGCUCCGCAGGCUGGAGCAGCACCAGAAGCAGCUGCUGGAGAUGCAGCACCGCCGGGAGCAGCAGAGCAGGCCGCUGGAGGAGGCGGAGCAGGAGAGGAAGACGAGGGAGGAGGAGGAGCAGAGGAAGAAGAAGGAGGAGGCUGAAGAAGAAAUAAAAAGGAAUAAGGAGGAGAUGGAGAGAAAGGUGCGAGAGCAGGUGGAGGCGGCGAAAAAGAAGGAGGAGGAGGAGGAAAAAGUGAGAAAAGAAGAGGAGCUGAAGCAGAGGAGAGAUCUGGAGCUGCAGCUGCAGCAGCAACAAGAGGAGCUGAAGCAGAGGCAGCAGAUCAUGCAGUGGCAACAGGAGCUGCAGGAGUCCAACAAGGGGCAGACGGUGGUGCUGUCGCCGUCCUCUGGCCUGUGCACCAUCUAUGAAGCUCUGGAGAACACCGAUGAAGAGGAAGGUGAAGACGAGGGAAUAAAGGAGCUCAAGCACACCAAGAAGAAGAAACAGAGCAAGCAAGAGACGGAGAACAAGACGGAGAAGGACGACGCCUGUGAAAAGUUGAAAAAAGAUGAAGAGAAACAUGAGGACUCUGUAGUGUCCACAGAGGACCCUCCUCCUCCUCCUCGCCCAGACUCCCCUCAGACACCCAGCAACGACUCCCAGGACGGAGACAGCCCCCUCUCUCUCCCCCCUGAGUCUCCCGAGCGGCCUCCACCCCUGGAUCUGGACUGGGGGAAGAAAGUGGACAUCGUGCAGCAGCUGAUCAAUCAGACUCUGAUGCUGAACAGAGACGGCUGCUCGUCCCUGCUGCUGCUGCCGGGACGAGCGGGAGGAACUCUGAGCCCGCUGGAGAGCAGCCUGUGGCCCAGCCUGCUGCCUCCCCUCACCCCGCCCUCUGCCACCGUCACCUCCGUCAGUAGUUUCUCCCCAGAGGCCACUGGGAGCUCCCCGCAGGGCGAGUGGACGGUGGUGGAGCUGGAGACGCAUCACUGAGGGGACGUCAGUGUGCGCUCUCGCUUUAAAUCGCAGUACUGUGAAAAAAAAAAAGAACACCACUCGAACAGGGAGAUGACACGAGCUCUGUCAAAGUGCGCACAAAUACAGAACACUAAACAAACAGGGUGAUAUAAACUCACAGAGCCGCCUGUGCACACGUUUCAAUACAUGAAUAUUUACUUAUCAGACGUUAACGGUUUAUCUCCCAUCACAUCGUAAUGGAUGGUAACAAAAUUCAUGUUUCAUUCACAAAUCACAGAAGCAGCUAAAACGUAUUUUUCUACUGCCCGACCCCGUAGGUAAUCACGAGAUGGAAGAGAAGGAAAGAUCUAAGAACUAAAUUAUUUUAAACUACUGAGUCUCUAUGUCUAUCAGAGCUAUAUGAAGUUUAAGGCCGCCAGCAUUAACGAGGUAAUCGGAUGAACUAAGGUCUGAAAUUAAUGGAUUCAUUUUUUUUCAUCUCAUGCUAUUUUGUCCCUUCAGGCUCUCCGUAGAUAGUCGUCCUCAGUGUCUCCCUGUAGUCUCAGUCAUGUAAAAGGACACUGCUGCAUCUUUGAAUGUCUCAUUUCACUUAAACAAACUCUCAGACAGCUCAGCUGACGAGUCAAAAGUAAUAUCCACCUUAUGACAUCACACAUUGACCUGAUGACAUCACACAUUGACCUGAUGACAUCACACAUUGACCUUUGUUACCGUUCCUUUGAGCUGUUUGACGUCAGUUUAGGAUCCCUAACCACUUCCUGUUUCUGAGCUUAACUUCAUGUCCUCACCUUCUAUCUACAGGAAGGGCCUUACUGUAUUUCAAAAUAAAAGCACACAGCAAGUAAAUUACUCUAAGCUGAAGAUGGGACAAAAUUUCAAAAUAAAAGCCUAACUUAUUUUUAUUCUUAAAUGCAAAAUAAUAAAAUGUCAAACAUGAGAUUAAAAAUGUAAUCUUAACACAGCCUGAGAUAAAAUGCAUCAAUAUGAGAGGAAUAAUCUCUUUAAAUGUAAUGAUUAUUUGACAAAGAUCGUUUUUUAGAGGUGAAUUUGUUAAGGAGCCACUGCUGUACACUGAGCUGUUUAAAAACAAGCACAACACAGAUAUCAACCAUCAGCAACUACCUGCUGUUAGACAUGCUCGUUUAGUCACAAUAUAAUAAAAGUUAAAUAAAUUAAUGGAGCAUUCUUGCCCUGAAUUCAGACUUUCAGGUCGUUCAUGGUAAACCAGUCUUAAAUUGAUAUUUCUUAAACAAACUAACAUUAGACUCCCCGAGAACAGCGUUUUAUUGAUUCAACACUGAUCCACUUUCUAGUCAAAGAUACGUCAAUAAGUGAUAAACAUUUCCCCAAAACUGACAUUGAUUGGGCCUUAUGCUCAGACUCCGCCUUACUUAUUGUAGCAUAAGGUUGUUGCAAAACUAUUAGGAAAUGCAUGAACAUGACCACACAUGGAUGAAGAUGAGCGAACGUUAAACUGCGAUCGACCUGUGGAAUAUUAGUUUCCAUUCAAAACGUAAAGCCACUGAAUCUCCUUAAUUCACAAAUAAUUCAAGGACAUGGACCUGUGUGUCCUCAUUGAUCGUUAUAACGUUACCUGAGAGUCCAUACUCGGGGCAAGAAAGUCUUCGCUGCUCAGACAUCCAAGUAGACAAACGCAACAUGACACCGCUCUCACGUCACACUCGACAUCCUACACCUCUGUAAACACAAACACACACACCAGGAGCCACCCAAUCCCAUGAUGCACCACUGCUACUGACAAACAGGGUUGGAACUGGACACUAUAGCCAAUGCCUAACCUUUCGCCAUGGGGGGCCACUAUGAGCACACGCACACACACGAGCCGAUGGUGCUAAAUGGCCGUGAUCACUCAAAGCUGAACUGGCCGAUAGAGUUAGUGGUUGUUCUUUGUGUUCCUCUCGUGUGACGACGGAUGCGUUCUUCUCACUGGAGAAACCUACGGGUCUUACUACUGAAUGAAGGAACUCCAUUUCCCAGAGUUCUUCUGUAACUUUGUCAAAAACAAAAGCCUGCACACUGACGACUUGGUCACAGCUGAGAUGGAUCGUGACAUUUCUGAAACAACCUCAGGCUUAAACAUUUUGAGUUUUUUUUUUUUGCUACCAAAGGUCGGUGAAACAUGUAGACAAAACCCUGAGAAACACUGGAGUCAAGUUAUGAGGGUUUUUUUUUCUACUAAAAUGUUCAUGUACUAGUAUUGAGAGAUUUAUGAGCGAGUGAUUUAUGCAGAAGGCUUUUAGGCUUUUUAGGCGUUUUCACACAUGCACAAAACUCCUGAAAAUGCCAGCGGUGAGCUGCAAGUUCAAAUGCAAACUCUCGAUUUUAAGAUAAGUUUUUUAUUUUUCAUUUAGAGAUAGGACAGAGUCAGGAGAGAGAGAGUGUGUGGGGAAUACAACCUCCUCACGAGGCGGGCGCACUACCCACUCCGCUGCCGGCAUCCUAAACUGUUGAUUUUUUAAAACCCGACUGCCUGAACUUUUCCCGGCAGCUCCUUUGUAAAAUGUCCAGGUGAAGUCGUGGUGAGUCGAACUCAGCAGGAAGUAUUUAACAAAAUGAAGAGGUGUGAUGGCUACGAUCUUCCUACACGUAAUGAAGCGGCUCUUUUCUGCUCGCUCGCUACUUAAAUCUCGUUACGACCAUUCGUUGACACCCGAUGACGCAUCGAUGUAAAGGUAAAAAUGACAGUUCAGUGUAGGAUACAUUUCUGCUGUGCUGUUUUUAACACCUCCUUCUUCUCCACCUCCUCCUCCUCCACUUCCUUCUCCUCUUCUUCCCCCUCCUCCUUUUCUUGCUCCUCCUCCUCACGUCCGACAGGGAAACUUUACACCUUGUUGAACGUGUUAGAAAGCUUCAGCGGCGUGCUGUCAGAAGUGCGUGUGUGAAAACCUCUUCAUGGUCACUGAUCUGUAGUCCAUCACAGACUUCUAUCACAGGUUUAGUCUUCUUAAGGUUCACUUUCAGACGAUGGGCAGUUUCAUAAAGCACACAGAUUUAUGAUUCAAUACCGUUUUUUUAAAAGUUUGAGGAGGGUUAUUAUCGGGCAGUGAGUGGUGGGCGGGGUCAAUAUCAGGUUAUGUUUGGUAUUAAUUGUUGAAACUGUGAUGAGCUAUGGUACGAAAGUGUGUGUGUGUGUGUGUGUGUUUGUCAGUCAGUGUUUCAGGCCGUCACUGGAGAUAUCUCAAGUUUUAAAGUAAGGUUAAAUUUGACCGUCUCUUUCCAUGUACCGGACGAUAAAUGUUUUUUAUUCUUAUUGACGUUGAGCUUGAGGUCAGUUCUCGUCCAGCUCUUUAGACUAAAAUUUAAAAUUCUGGACAGGCUGUCUCUAUAUUUGAAUUUUUAACUUUAAUACAAAACAAAAAGUCGACACCUGUUUCGAUAAUCUGGCACUGUUUUCAUGUUUUCUCUGUGAUACUUCCUUGAAGAAACAAGGCGCUAACCGUCACCACAGAGGCGAGUAGAAGUCUAUUUCUGAUCAGAGAGACGUCGCCAUCGGCUCAGCUCUAAUUAAAAACGCCUGAGUGCGUCUCAGCUGGGAGCGCCUGCGUGGUCAUACAGGCGAUCAAAUAAAAAAAAUGGGAAAAACAGAUUUUAGCAAACACAAACACGUUGCUUUGCUUCUACAUGAGGAGGGAGAAUGAUGUCAUGCAAAGUGGAGGUAAACCCGCCUCCUGGAUUUUGAUUGGCUGUUUUCACCAAAAGUGACAUUGACGAGAAAAUAAAUAAUUCUAUGCAUGCCCAAAAAAAAGCGUCCAAUAGCAAUAGAGAAGAGCGCCCGGCAAGCGUGUCUCUGUGUGAUCAGACUGUAAAGGUCACUACCGAGGGGAGUAAAAGUUAACUAUCGUAACCUAGCAACGAAAAACUUGAUGAAAAGCGCUCUGAAUCUGAGGUCAUGAGCGCUGCCUGUGCAAGAAAAAGGCGUUAGUGGGAACAGACCCUGAAGAUGCUGUAGCAUCAAUCAAUUUGACGACCUCACACGAGGCUGAUUCUCAUCCCAUCACACUGUUGAUUCAUCGUCCAAUCAAAGCCUCUGUAGCAGCUGAAAGGCAACCAGGUGUUUGUGUCGUUGGAAAAUGUGUGUCGGACAUUUCUUUAACGUUCUGUCUUCAUGUUUUAUGUAAGAUUUUAUGUUUUGUUUAAAAAAAGACUGCGCACUGUAACGAAGGGAAACCCACUGAAAUUUGUACUUUAGAGAUUUAGAAACCUGUCGAGCCCUUUAAGAGUUUAAGUAUAGAUUUUUUUAUUGAAUAGAGAGUGAAGGAUGUUCGCUGUACAUGCUAGAUUUUAUUUUUUGUUGUUGCCUUUUUUCUCGUCUAGUCAUUCAGAAUGAUUAGCUGAGUGGUGUGAAGGUCAAACUGAACACAAAGACAGAAGUUGGUCUCUGUGUUUCUUAAAUCCACCGUUUUGGAUUUUUAAUUUAUUAAAAAUGAAGUGAGGCCUUUGGGGGGGGGGGGGGUUGAAGUGAACUGGCUCUCGAAUCGCGGCAGCUCGUCUGAAGAUGUAAAAGUUUUCCUUGUUUCAAACUUUGUGAAGGACAGAAAAUCUGUGAUUGUUGUGUAAUUAUUUCAAUGCGAUGUUUCAUGUAAAUAAAAUGUUUCUUUUUAUAAUAA